AUGAUCCCCUAUCUGGUGACUCCCGAAUUUAAGCGCAUUGAGCGCUACAUCUGGGGAUUGGCUCCAGAAUUUCGCAGCAUGGUGACUGCGGCAAAACCCACAACGAUCACUCAGGCUGUAACUCUGGCUGUCAGCCUUACCGAAGAUGCUGUCCGUAUGAAGAAGUUGUCGCUGAAACCUACUGAGAAAACUGAGACGCAUGCUGAGUCGUCUGGUGAUAAGAAGAGGAAGCAUUCGAGUCUGAAUCAAGCAGCGCGUAACAUCAAGGGUUCCAGCAAUAAGAAACGUGAACCCAAUCCACCCAAGGAAACAAAAACACUUGCAGCUGCGAAUGACGCUACUACCAGAGGAUAUCAGGGCACUCUGCCCAAAUGCAAUCAGUGCAGGCGUCACCAUGAAGGAGUUUGUCGCAUUCCAAAAUGUGAUAAGUGUGGAAAACUGGGUCACCGCACCGAGAACUGUUGGGGAAAGGGAAAUAGAAGUAUUAGUAGGAACGGGACUGGAAACCAAAACGGUGCUGGUAAUGGAAACGGUGCUGGAAAUGGCAAUGGUAAUGGUAACCGGAAUGGAUUACAAGCAAACAUGCCACCUAGAGUGAGAGGACGUGGAGGACGAGGAAAAGCACCGAUCUUAACUAGGAACGACCACGAAGCUGGGCCAUCUCACCAGCGCACACCAUCCGCAUCACUUGGAUCGAGUCCUCAUGAAGACUGGAGGACAUACCUUGAGCCUGCGAGACGCUCUGUCUCGCUCAGCUCCUCACCAUCUUAUCACCAUUCCUUUGGGUCGCAGGGCCCUGAUAUCUGGGCCGAAAGAUGGGCUUCAUAUAAGUGGGAGUAUACUCCCCCUCACCGCAACUCGCCACCACACCAGCAGGUCCCUUCUGAGGACCCACAUUUCCAGGCGGUCACGCCGCCGCCACCACCAGCGCCAGAGCAGCCACCGCCUCCCGAACCAUCGAGGCGACGAAGAACUGCACGGAUGUCCGUGCGUGGGGGUUUCCAUUUCAGCACCCCCCAACACUCCAGCAACAACAAAUACCCGCCACUCUAUGAAGACCCGCAAAUGGGUGGGCCUUCAAAUGCAGUUUCUGAAGUCAACUAUGCACCAGUCGCACCAGCACCACCCAUGGGUUAUGAAAACCCAAUUCCUUCUUACCCAGGUGCAGCUGGGUACAACCCGUUUGAGCAGCAAGCUUAUUCGGGUUAUAACUACAACAAUGCCCCUGUCGUUGACCCGUACAUCGAGGCAGCGAACUACAAUGCUCUCUACCCUGGACCCUUUCCAGCUACGUACCCAACUGGGUACCCUGCAUAUGGGUAUCAAUACCCACCGCCUCCUCAACCUCAGCAGCAGCAGCCGCCGCAGCCACCAUAA